AUGCCACCCAAGAAAUGCGGCAGCAAAGCCCCAGCAGGCAAACAGCUUAACGACGUGACGAAGUCUGAGUUGCUUGACGAGAUUAGAGCACCCAAGUUCACCGGAAGCAAAUGCAUGAGGUGCGACGAGUUCGACCAUGGUCAUAUCAACGAAUGCAACGCCAACGCCAAUUCCAAGCACUGGUCAAAGGGUCUUGGUAAUUUCGCGGACAAGCAGGCUGUCGAGAAGUUGUUCCAGGCCGAACGUGCGAAGGUCAUUGCGGACGGAACAUACACUCCUGUCAAGCAAGUAAGCAAGCCUGUAGCGCAGGAUCAACCCAAAUCCGACAACAAGAUAAGGAACAAACCUCAGAAUGUUGUGUCUACUAUUCCAGAAGACCCCGCAUCCAGCAGCGCCCUGGACGAAAAGCCCGCGACACCCGUCAAGAAGAGGACGCCUAUCGAGACUGAAAAUGUUGGGAAGGUUAUCUACACGAAGGACGAGACAAAAGCCGAGAAUGUCCAGGGUGAUAUACCCAAAGAUGGCCUAGCAAACGUCGCAACACAGCACAAAGGUUCAGAGCCAUCGAAAGGCGAGUUCAAAGUGAUCACAAAUUAUGUGCAAGUGCGCAAGGUACCUUCUCAACUCCUCACAUAUGCUUUGACCUUCUAUAGACCAAGUCGCGACCCACAGAGGCCCAACGCCCGCGUAGAGCUCAACAAGCGACAAGAAAUUGGACGCGUAUUCGAUGCGAUGAUCGAGAAAGAUGUGCUGGAACUGGACCGGAACCGGAAGACAUGGGCAACCGACUACAAGAGUCUUUGGUGCGACACUGCUCUCCAGGGUCCUCACGGAGAUCAGGAAGAGUGGGAUACGGCGAAGUUUGACUGCAAACUCCUUGAUGGUCGAAUAUAUGACGACGUAUACGCAACUGUGAGGAAAGGUGUAGUCUUGAGCGAUAUCGACGACGUCCUUCGUAAGGAACACAUCACCAAAAGCGCCGACUACAUUCGGGCUCUGAAUGCUCAUGUUGCGGAAUGUGUCCGCAAGUACAACGAAGAGAAGGACCAAUCGAUCACCCAGCUUGGCGCGAACAAGUUCUACCUUGAUCGAGGUUUUACUGAAAUGGUCGAUAAGAACUCCAACAGCUUGGGCUUGCGCGCAGUUCGCGGUUACUACAUGUCAAUAAGGCCUGGAGCGCUAGGUCCUCUGCUCAACAUCAAUGCAGCGACAACGGCCUUUUUACCUCCAAUACUGGUAUCGGACUUGUUGGCUACAUCGCUCACUCAAAAUGCUAUCGAGAAGAUGUUGAGGGGCAAGCGCGUUAGGCUCAUUUAUCAACGACAAGAGUUCCAAGAGACCAAGGACGCUGGAUUCUCCAUGAACGACGAACUCCCGCGCACGAAAGUCUUUCAACAAUUUGGUUUACCUGCGAGCAAGCAGAGGUUCUUCACAGUUCUUGCUAACGACAAAGGCGCCAAGGUUGACGUCAGCCCGACGGAUCAUGGUACCACCGUCAUCCAAUACUUCAACAACAUGAAAGCAGAAAUGCCAAGUAGCCCGUCACCUUCCCACCUUCUAUGCGUCAAUGUCGGCAAGCGCGUUCAAUCAUCUAGAUCAAAAGAUGCAGGCAAACCAGCAUUUAUGCGUCAGCAGACGUUAGACGGCGCUCAGUGGAUCCCCGCUUGUUUACUCGAGAUCCUGCCUUUUCAACCAAUGACAGGGCAAAUGAGCCCGAAGCAUACUGCCGAGAUGAUGAGGCAUGCCUUACACUUGCCCGCGGAGAACGCAGCCUUGAUUGAUCAAGAGGGCCUGCGAAUCCUUGGUCUCAAAGAUCAGAUCGAGGAUCAAGAAGACACGACUAGCAAGAAGUAUCUCGACCAAGGCUUUCAGCUCGACAACAAACUGAUAUCAUUGGCCGCCAGGUCUUUGGAACUUCCCCGUCUGUUGUACGAGAAGCGCGGUGACCCCAAAGUCGAACACACCGUCAGUACACAGCCUCAUACAAAAUUCCAGCCGCUUAUCAAAGUUGACCGGUCAGCUUGGAAUCUUCAGGAUGCAGCAUUCAUCAAGCCCGGAACGCUGAACAAACUUCACGUCGUCGGGCUGCCGAAAUGUCGUCAAGAACUCAAGUUGGCUAUUGUCAAGAAGGAUUUCACUGAGCAGUUGUGUACUCACCAUGUUCACACCACGCCUGGAGACCAUGCUGAACAGUUGGGGGAAUUUAAAGGAAUCGAAGAAGAUCUCAAAUCCUGGUUCACCAUGUGCCAGCGGAAUGACUGCAACCUUCUCUUGUUGGCCGAGAAAGACUUCGACAAAUACGCAAAGAUCAAGCGGACCAGCGAUUUCGAAGGGUACCACACCAUCUGCGCUAUCGGCAGCAAAAUCCAAGAUGACAGGAACAAUGAUCAUAACAAGACCGGCAAUCGUUGGCAGCAUCUCUCCAACCUAGCCCUCAAAGUCAAUUUGAAGUUGGGUGGGGACAAUCACUGGCUUGACAACGAGAUGUUGGAUAAGCUACUAGGUGGAGAGGAGUCCAGACGAAGCACCAUGAUCUUAGGAUCAGAUGUCACCCACCCCGGCAACGGCUCGAAGACUGGUACGCCCAGCAUCGCCGCCGUUGUUGGUACCGUUGAUGCUCAAUUCAUGAGCUAUCGCGGUUCGAUGAGACUUCAAGCUGGUGGCCAAGAACAGAUCGAUGAGGCGAAUCUCCGCAGUAUGGUCAAAGAACGGCUUGAGACUUGGAAGUCGUGUAACGAUGACAAGCUUCCGACCAGGAUCUUGUUCUAUCGCGACGGUGUCUCUGAGUCGCAGUUUGCCAACGUGGAGAAGUCCGAGAUCCCGCAGAUCAGAGAGGCGUAUGUUGAGGCUGGAGGCAAUGCCAAAGACCUCAGUGUAUGCUUCUUCGUUGUCAGUAAACGUCACCAUACACGAUUCUACGCUGCCACUAAGAACGAAACAUACCAGUCUCGAGAGAAGACCCAGGGCGUGUUCCGACACUUUCAAAACGGCAACAUCAAAGCUGGCUUACUUGUAGACAGUGUGGUCACGGCGCCUUAUCCCCUGAACUUCUUCUUGCAAUCUCACACUGCGAUCAAAGGCACCGCACGUUCAGCCCACUACUACGUACUCCAGAACGACACCGACAUCGGGGCCGCGAACCUGCAGGAGUUGACCAUGAUGCUAUGCUACACCUUUGGGCGAUCGACGACCGGUGUCUCGUACGCAACCCCGGCAUACGCCGCGGAUAGGUUAUGCGACCGCGGCAGAUCUUACAUUCGUCACUGGGCAGAGGAUGAAUUUGCCCAUCCUAUCUUUGAGUACGACACGUACUAUGACGGAGACGGAAAAGAGCGCAAGCCCACCAACGUCGAGAUCUUAUCCGAGAAACGAGUGAUGGUUGACAAGCUCUUGCACUCUCCCGAGGUCUGGGGCAAGAACUACCACGACGACCCAACUGACAACAGUAAACCGCUCAGGCUGAACCCGUGGCACCCAAACCUUGACCAGGGUAUGUUCUGGAUGUAA